AUGAUCCUAGCGUCUCCACAACGGGCAACGGAGCCUGGAACGCCAGUUGGCCUCCCGCAAUCUAGCGCCCAAUUGCAGCGUCCGCCUCACCGCUUCCCCGCCGACGAAAUGUCGAUCACUCUGAGUCUGACCAGCUUGGCCAGAUAUUAUAUUGGUUUGCUCAUAUGA